GAUAAUCUCGCCGCUGUCCUGUUCUCUCUUCUCUCUUACUCGCCAUUUUGUCGAAGCCUUCACAUUUGUUGUGGUUUUUUUUUUCCCUCUUUCCCGCCUCACAACUCCACUUCUAUGGAAUGCCUGCUCCAGCCGAUCAACACUUUACUCAACAUGUCCAGAUACCCUGCGGAACACCACAUACAGAUCAAUUCGUCAUAAAGAUGUUCCAUUGGAGUUUACAUUAAAAUAAUUUUCUAGGAAAGCAACUGCCCCAUAUACGUGAGACAUGUUUUGGAAGUUCAAUCUUGCCUCUACUCACAUUGACUCUUUACUUGAAAAAGAGGAUGUUACCUUACAAGAACUUCUUGACGAAGAUGAUAUUCUUCAAGAAUGUAAAGCCAGACAUAAAAAGCUUAUUGACUUUCUUAUCCGUCCGGAUAACUUAAGAGAAAUGGUCAAUAUGGUUACUGAAGAACCAUCUGAAGAUAUUGAAGAGAAACAGCGUUAUAGGUACCCAAAUACAUGCUGUGAAGUAUUGACAUGUGAUGUAACUCAGAUCAAUGACUGCCUAACCGGAGAUAGUGUUUAUAUAAACAAAUUAUAUGGGUUCUUGGAGAUGAAGGGCCCUCUUAAUCCCUUAUUGGCUAGCUUUGUCAGUAAAGUGAUAGGUCUUCUUACAGUGAAAAAAAGUGAGAUGAUAUUUAAAUAUUUGAAAUCAAAAUCAGACUUUGUCGGAACCUUACUGACACACAUUGGUACAUCUGCAAUGGUGGAUCUCUUGUUACGGUUGAUAACCUGUAUAGAAUCUACAAAACUAAAGUUUGAAAUGAUAGAGUGGUUGAAUGAAGAAAAACUGGUGGAAAGACUCGUGGAUCAAGUUGUUCCAUCAAUUGAAGAAGAUUUUCAUACAAAUGCAGCUCAGUUUCUUUGUGAUAUUGUCCGAUUAGGUCGAGAACAACCGUCUCAGAUUCAGGAGAGUCCUCAACCAUAUCCCCUCUUGGCAACUUUAGAAUCUGAACCUGUUAUCGGUCGUUUGUUAAACAACAUCUUGGACGGAGAAAAGAACGAAUCAGUUAUCGUCAACGGUCUUCUUGUCGUACAGAUUUUGCUUGAUAUCAAGAAAGUAUAUGAAGGAGAAGUGGACCAGAGAUCUAGUUUAGAAAUUGAAAAUAUAACACAAGGUGUCAACCAUGUUCUGUAUGCUAUAACUCCCAGAAUAAAGGACUUCCAUUCACUUUUAUUAAAUCCACCUAAGCCCCGGUACUGUGCUAUGCCAACAACUAUUGGUAUACUCGAACCACCUCUGGGAAAUACUAGGUUACAAAUAACAAAAUUGAUCACUGCUUUAAUUCAGACCAAUUCUCAUGAGGUCAAUGUAGAAUUGGCAAAUUCUGGGACCAUUGGUGUAAUGUUGGAUUUAUAUUUCAAAUAUAUAUGGAACAAUUUCUUACAUAGUCAAGUAGAGCAAUGCAUAUAUUUAAUACUUAACAACUCACCUACAGAAAUUGAUAACAGAAAGGAACAUCCUCUUUUAGAACAAAUAUUUAUUAAAUGUAAUUUGAUACAGAGAAUUCUAGAUUCAUGGGAAGAAAAUGACCAAUACGAACAUCGUAUUGGAGGUAGACGUCGAGGAUACAUGGGACAUUUAACUAAAAUAGCAAAUCACAUUACUGAAUGUAUAGAAAAAGGAGAAAACAGCGAAUUAAUUAAAGAAUACUUAAAAGAGAUUCCAGAAGAAUAUAGAAAUAAAUGGACGACUUUUGUUUCUUCGACACUUGCUGAGACCAACAAACAAAAUACAAUUGAAUUGGUUCAAGGUCAUCCGCUCCAUUCAAGUAGUGAAGACGAUGACACUGACUUCAGAGAUUUGCCUUUUAACCAAGAUGCAGUCAUGCAACAAAAACCCAACUAUUCUCAAGCCUUCUCUGAUUACCAACUACAGAUGACAUCUAAUUUCAUUGAUACAUUUGGCUUCAAUGAACAUGAUUUUGCUGACCAAGAUGGCAAAAUUGACACCACAUUUAAUGAGAAGAUCUCAAGCAUUGACUUCAAUAUAAGGGCUGAUGAAGAUAGUGCCCCUAAUGCCACCAUGUUUGAACAAGCCUGUAAUGAACGAAUCCAGCAGUUUGAUGACAAUGAUAGCGAUGAAGAAAUAUGGGAGAAAAAGGAAGUUAUUCUCUUUGAAAAUUCACCUGUCCGGCCAACUGGAAUGUCAACUGACAGUCUCGGUUCUGAUGAUCAGGAGGAGGAAGAGGACAACACCGACAGUGAUGAAGAAUUAGACUCUCCAAAGUGCAUUCUACAACAGCCUCAAGAGAAGAUGGAUGUAGAUGUAGAAGCAAUGGAAACGUCCCCUUGGGAUGCAGCACUUGUGCCAAGUGAGACUCCUGAUCAAAAGUGGGCUAACUUUGAUCUGAAAAUGUCAGAAAAUAACUGGGCUGACUUUUCUAGUUUUAAUUCCUCUUUAGAGCGAAUUCCUCGGAGUAGCUCUCCUAUAGCUAUGGAUACUGGUGACACUGUGUCUAGUUCAGGCUGUGAAGAUAAGAAUUCUCCAAGAAGUCCUCAAACCAGAACAGUUGAAACUGCUGCAAAAGAUGAAAAUGGGAAAAGUUCUAAAGAAGAUGCACUUUGGAGUGGUGAUACCAAAAAAAAUGUUACCAAUAAAGAAUGGUCUAAAGAUGACAGCAGUCAAUCUGAUAGCAACCAGUCAGCUAACUCAGACCAAACUGCUUCAAGUGACGACGCUGAGGCAGAAAAAGUAGUAAACUGUUCACAAGAAAGGUUACAUUUUGAAACUGAUGAAGAGCUUUAUCAGAAUUUUAAUUUUCUGAGUUCAGCUGGUCUUAUUAAACCAAGUAAUUUUGAAGAGGCUUCUUCCUCUUCUUCUUCUACCACCGUUGUUCCCAGUGUAUCCACAACAGAAAGUUCAUCCUGUGUGUCUACAACAGAAUGUUCCAGUGUUGCUACAUCAGAAUGUUCUGGUGUUUCUACAACGGAUUGUUCUAGUGUUGCUACAACAAGUGUUUCUACUGCCAGUAAUGAUAAAGACCCAGAAGGAGUUAGUGAAGAUAAAUCCAAGUCUAACGAUGAUUCUGUUGCCAAGUCCACCACUUCCAAUUCAGAUGGCAACAGUGAAUCUUCCAAAUCUAAUUUGAUAGAAAAUGUCAGGUCUCAAGCGAUUGAAGCCAUGGAAAAAUACGAAAAGGCUAUAACAGCAUCAAUGAAGAAUGGACCAGUUUGAAUUAGAUAUCCUAGAUCCUGUGUUGUCCAGGGCGGCAGCAUAAACAACAUUCUCAACAUGCCUUAAUAACAACUCCCUAAUUGUCUGACUGCCCUGUCUAACACUUAGAAAGUCAGCAUAGUGUUUGGUUGCUAAGUAACACUGCCUGCAAACAAACGUCUAUAACAAAACAUCUUAUCUGGAGGAACAGCGUUUGCCUCAAAGGUUUAUUAUACUUGAUGGUCAUCUUCCAUCCAGCUGGCUGUUGACUUCAGUAAUUGGUAGUAUAUUUGUUUUUGUCCCCCUGUUCUUUUAUUAUUAUUAUUAUUAUAAUAAUAAUAAUUAUUAUUAUUAUAAUUAUUAUAUUCACACAUUGGCCCCCUUUCCCUUGCCCCUCCACCCCAUGUCUUUCUUUGCCCUUAACCAUUUGAUUUAUUUUGGGUGGGGGGUUCGUUUUUUCCUUCUUCCUUCAGUUAGUUCUCGGUGUCUGAAAUUGUUUAAUUUGUCUUCAUUUCCGGUUCUGUUUUGGAGCUCUCUUCUGGCCUUUGUUUCCAGUCCAGCUUAUACGACUCUUGUCUGCUGCUGGGCACUCACCAAAGUAGAUACUGUUGAACAGACAGACACACCCUCUCUUUCUCUCUCUCUCUCAUUUGUUAAUAAUUAUUCUCAUUUUAUAUUUUCUUGUGUCCCCCUCCCCCCUUAAAAUAUUGCAAUCUAUUGGACUUGAAUAAGGAACAGGAAGCAUUAUCUGUAGAAAUGAGUUGCUUUGUUUUUUAUACAUACAUUAUAUAUAUGUGUGUUAGAGUGUGUGUGUGUAUAUAUGUAUAUAUAUGUGUAU